UUGUCCCCCCCCAACCCCUCCCACGGACCGUCUCUUAGCCCUAAACUUUGCUGCUGGUAGAAGAAGUUGUUCUGUAGCGGUAUAAUAGUGAGACAGACCACUCAGCUUCACACAUUAAACCCUCCAGUCCUUCGUCCGUCUCAUCCACUCAGGUUGAGCUGUGACCAACAUGGAGGAUUCGUCAGAACAGUCCCACUGGGCGUCUCCGGCUCUUCUCAGCUCAGAUCCUCUGGCCGGUUUCUCGUCUGAGUCCGGCCUUCUGCCUCCAGGAGAGGAGGGGGAGGCCUUCUUCUCCAGCUCGGACACGGACUACGCCGGCCUGCCCUCCUUUUUCUCCAACCUGAACCACAGCCGAGCGCCACCCGCCUACAGACACAGCUCGGUCCGACAGGUGUUCCCCUCGCCCGGCCUCCUCAGCAACCUCCAGCUGCUGGACGGGCCGGGCGGCCACUCGCUGAGCUCGCCCUACAGCCACCCGGCCUCCACCUGGAGCAGCGGCGGCCCCCUGGCCAAGGCCCCGCUGCACUCGCACGCCCCGACCUCCCUCUACAACCCCUGCGUCAGCCCCUCCUUCACCACCUCCAGAGACGGGUACUUGUCUCCGGGCAGAGAGAGCAGGGAGAGCCCCGGGCUGCAGGAGGCCCUGAAGGCCGAGCGCCUCAGCCCGCUCGGGGGGUCCGGGGCCAGCAGCAGUUUUCUGAAUCUGACUCCCGCAUCUGGGAGCGUGUACACGCCGUCGUCCCACUGCCACCCACACCUGCUGAGCCCCUACAGCUCGUACAUGACGGCUCAGCAGGAGUACAACUCUGCAUCCCUGUACUCCGGCCCGGGAGCAUGGAUCAGCCCCUCGUUCUCCCCAAAGAGCCGCAAUAAGAUGAGGAUUUCCACUCCAGAGGCCAGAGAGUGCGUUAACUGUGGAGCCACGGCCACCCCCCUGUGGCGUCGGGACGGCACGGGCCACUACCUGUGUAACGCCUGCGGACUCUACCACAAGAUGAACGGCCAAAACCGGCCGCUAAUCCGUCCCAAGAAGAGACUGAUCGUCAGCAAGCGUGCGGGCACCGUGUGUGCCAACUGUCACACCAGCACAACAACACUGUGGCGCCGCAACGCCAGCGGAGAGCCGGUGUGCAACGCCUGCGGCCUCUACUUCAAGCUGCACAACGUCAACCGGCCGCUCGCCAUGAAGAAGGACAGCAUUCAGACGCGCAACAGAAAAGUGUCCAACAAGAACAAGAAGAGCAAGAAGGCCGCCAUGUUCGAGCAGUACUCGGACAUGAGCCAGCAGCCCUCCAUGGAGGACAACUGCGGGCCCUUCUCCCUCGGCCCCGGGACGCUCCUCACCUACGGCCACGCGCCGCACCUCAUGCGACCGCCCUCCCCGCUGCACCCUUCCUCCGCCUCCUUACAGUACACACACCACCUCAACGCCGGCAUGAUGCCCGCGCUGGUGUGAAGGAGGCACCAGGGAAGCGGAAUCAACAGCUCGCCCGCCAGUUAUUUGUGUGAAUUUGUACAUAUGCGACUUCUGUUUUCUGUUUGUUUUUCACUGUAGUUUGUUGGUAUUAUCUGAUUAAGUGGGUUGUGUUUGAAGUCAGAUAAAGUCCCUUUUACCGAGGUGGCAGCACACGUGGACACACUAAUGGGGGAUCGGUUUCGGCUGUGAACGUAAGCACACAAGUCUCUUCCCUGUUAUUCAUGAAAAUGUGCUCGGGUUUUGUUACGGUCUGUUUCGUAUUUGCCAAAUAUUCCCAUAUCAAAAAAAUCGACCAAGGAAAUAAUAAAUAUGUCUGAUGGAG